AUGGCUCACCCCUUCUUUGCUUCCAUAGACCUUUCCCAGGCUUCAGAAAGUAUUAAAUAUGUUGUUUUUCUUUUUGAUAUAGGUUUUGGCAACCAUCACUAUUACAUAUUCUUCUUAUUUUUCCUUUCCAUUGUGUGUGACUGGAUUAUAUAUGAAUCUUUCAUCUAUUGGUCAAAUCAUUGUGCCACGACAUUCAAAGAAGAUGGACUGUGGACCUACCUCAAUCAGAUUGUGGCUUGUUCCCCUUGGGUCUUAUAUAUCUUCAUGUUGGCAAGUUUCCAUUUCUCAUGGUCAACAUUUUUAUUAAUAAAUCAGCUCUUUCAGAUUGCUUUUCUGGGCCUGACCUCCCAUGAGAAGACCAGCCUGCUGAAGCAGAGCAGGCAUAUGAAACAGACACUGUCCCUCAGGAGGACCCCAUACAACCUUGGGUUCACACAGAACCUCGCAGAUUUCUUUCGGUGUGGCUGCUUUGGCUUGGUCAAACCCUGUGCAGUAGACUGGACGUCACAGUACACCAUGGUCUUUCACCCAGCUAAGGAGAAAGUUCUUCGCUCAGUAUGAAGAAGACAGCCCAAAACUCUCACUCUGAUUUGUUUGUGUUUAUGUCGAUGUCCUGUGGUCUGCAAGUGAAGAUUUAGAAUUCACCUAAGCCCAAAGGAAAACACAGGUGGUUUUUAAAGCCAUUUGGUAAAAACAGAAGUUCUUGAGAAAGACAUUACACUUUUUCAGAUUUAGCAAGAUGGACUGUUCCUAAACAAUCUUCUUGGCAGACAUCUAAAAAUAAACAUUUUUCACAAGAAAA